AUGCCUCCCGUCACCAUCCGGAACGACGCGUCGUCCACCCUGAACGUCGCCCGCACGCUCGGCGCCCCGCUCGCGUGGCGCAACUCGCUGCAGCCCGGCGAGUCAUGGACGCACGAGUCCGCUCCCUGGUCGUAUACCUUCGAGAUCCGCCGCGACCUCGGCGAUGUCUCCCAAUUUUCCCUUGAAGACUCCCUCGACGCCGCAGGCACGAUCGGCACCGCGGUCGCCGCCGGCGUCGCGAGCGUCGCGACGGGUGCUCUCGGAGCUUUAGGCACGCUCUAUCAACUACUAUCAGCACUGUGCAUCGAGAUCCUGACUGGGGGAGACCGCUUAGGCACGCUCUGGGGGUGGCCCGCCGCGGCGCCCAAGGCCGCGUUCGGGGCCGCCGGAUCGCUCAUGCACGCGGCCCACCUCCACGGAGAAAAGUGGGGCGAGGAAGCGCCUGGCUUCGUGCACCGCGCGCACUGGGUCGGGAUCGGUUUCGAGCCCAAGACGUUCGUGAUCCGCGAGAUAGGGGGUGCGUUCCGCUUCGAGGAAAGUGGGUAG